AUGGAGAAGCCAGAUCUCGAAAUCGCCAAUGUCAUCCUCCAGCUCACCGAGGGCGCGCCGCGCGACCAGGAGCUGGCCCUGCAGCGCUACUUCUUGCCCGAUGCCGGCCUCAUCCACCCCUUGUGCCGCGUGCCGCGCUUCCGCGACCUGCCGCUGCCGCUGCUCGGGCUCGUCGACUCGCGCUGGGUCAUCGGCAUGAUCUAUCGCUGGUACAAAAUUCUGUCGCCGCGCGUCUCACUGCAGGUGCAGCGGGUUGUCUACGAUGACAAGGCUGCCCACCUCUACUGCGAGGUGCAGCAAAUCUUCUCGCCCGUCUUCCUCCCUUUCUACCACGCCAGCUCGCACCUCACCGUCAAGCUACAGCUCCAACGAGACGGCCCCGCCGGCAAAUACUACAUAGUGACGCAGGAGGAUCUCUAUCAGUCGACGGAGUUGGUGCGCUUCUUUGGGCCCGGUUACUCCACGCUCGUCUUCUUCCUGCAACUACUCGUCUCGUACGCCUGUGUUGUGGGAGCUCUGCUUCUGGCGCCCAUCACUUGGCUGGAGCAAAUGACGGCAGAGAAAUCGCAGCAGGUCAACGGCGUCAAAAUGCCGUGA